GACCUUUCCAGUUAUCCGCGUGACAGCAUCGACACCGAACGUUUGUGGACGUAGUCGUGAUUUGCAUUCAAGUCUUUCUAAAAAAUUACGUCGAUAUAAUCGAUUCGAUACAUUCUUAAAUAAUUUCAUUGUAACAGACAAAUAAAAGAAAACAUUAAUGUUUGACGUUACUGCACGACAUCAGUAUUCAACAUGAGACUAAUAAUCACGAUAAUUAUAAAGAAUUGAUAUGUAGUGAUCAUUUGAAAAUUGUCAAACAACCUCUUUGUUAAAACAUGUAACAAAAAUAGUUUUGCUUCAAAAUAAUAAUAUGGGCAACUACAGAAAAAUGUUUAUUAAUAACAUUUUUGCUAUGUAACGAGAUUCUAUUAUAUAGCGAUACUUUGAUAAAACAAAAUAUCUUAGAUCAGAAAUAAAAAGUCACAAUUAUUUGAAAAUUGCUUUCCUAAUUGCUUAUAGUGUUACACAGCAUGUCAAAAAGUGUUGCCAAAAUAGUAGUGCGUUACUAAAUCAUUAUCAUUUAAUAGUCGAUGACAAAUACUAUGAGAAUGGUGCGUGCAACUUGCACAAGCGGAGGACUGACAAAGAUGAGGGAUGCGGUUUCGCAAAAAGGAAAUAAUAGCGCAGCCACUCCCAAGUCCAAACCGUCCUUAGAAAUAUAUCGACCCCCAGGUGGGAGAGCAGAAGGAACCACGGCGAACGUGAACUCCGCUAAUCUUCGACUAAACGUGCAUGCCAAAGAAUUCACAAUGAAGCAAAACGACUCGCAUUCUUCUAAGUCUCGGAUGAACACAUUGGACCGUUCUCCAUAUUAUCUGCAGCACAGCAAGUCGAGUGGCAAUGUGCAUAGAUAUGUUUAUGCUCAACAGCAGCAGCAACAACAGCAACAACAGCAGCAACUGGCUCGUCAUUCUCAAAGUAGUCACUACUCUACAGCAAAUUCCACGUCACAUCAGUCUUACCAUUUAGACACGUCUGCGUCUAGUGGGAAUAUCUUGCAUACAGCAGGUCGAGUACAUUUCAACGUAGAAAAAAAUGAAAUUAAGACUAAUUCUAUAAAACCAAGCAAACUUACCAAGUCGUUAUCGUUCGUAUCCACUUAUGGUUUAAAACGCUCUAAAAGUAUGAAUUCGGCGGAUAUGUUAGCCGCAAAGACUCUUAGCAUUUCUGAUGCCUCCGAACUCGGGAAAUUUUCAACACCCGUUCAAGAUAUAUUGUUGCGAGCAAUAGAAGAUCCAAAUUUUUUGAAUGCAAGGACACUAAUGGAGCUAGUGCGACACAUCUUGGAAAGAGUAGUUGAGAAUCGUAAGUACGCUGAGCCGGCAGCUAAAAUUUGCAUUACAAUUAUAGAGAAAGAAACAAAAGAAACAUUUUUGGAAUCCUUGCUAAAUACAUGUCAACAAUGGUACCAAGAUCGCGCUAGGAUAUUACAUGACGACAUGAGUUGCCAACGAUAUUCAGCUUUUAUGAUAUUUCUCAACGAGAUGUAUUGUCAGCUGAAGCGACGGCAGCUGCAACUUAAGACGCAACAAGAAGGUGUUCCACCAGGGCGCGUGCUCCUCACGCUACUGUGGAAAUGUUGCCAGAAUUGUUUACAACCACCUGUCAUCAACUCACUUGCAGAAACGAAUUGCUUGUUUUUCAUCCUCACGUGUAUCGGCAAGGACUUGGAUACGGAGUUGCCAGUGCAGCUGCAGCAGCUGCUUGGGAGCGUGCGCGACGCUUUUUUAGCAGAGGAGACAACGACGUUGCCAUCAGUUAAAAGAACGCUCCUUCAAUUGAUUGAGCUCCACGCUGCUCAUUGGCAGCUACCGGCACCGGCUGUGGUUUACUAUUACCCCAGUUCUAAUUCCAAAUAAUCACAAAUACCCAUUGCUCGCGACUUUUCCGUCCGUCUUCCCCAAAUAAUGUGCGAGUGGAUUUACGCAAAAGUACGGAUGUACUUUUGGUUCUUUGUACGACAUCUAAUGUUUCUCCGACCAAGAUAUUUGUAACUUACCGAACACACGUUAGCGAUCUGAAAUCACUUCGUCUACGAUUUUAACGACAUGCAAAAUACGAUGUUCUCACAUGUAUUCUCGUACAAAAGUGGUAAUCGUUUUUUCGCCGAUCGCGAACAGUUCGCCAAACAUAGUUACAGUACAGUUUGGGACGAUCUCGUUCCUUUUAACGAAAUUCUUACUCGAAAGCUCUGUAUGAAGUAUGAAUAAACGAAUUCUUUUCCAUAAAUCAAAA